AUGGCAAACAAGAGCUUCCCAGGGGGCUUCAUCCUCCUUGGUUUCUCUGAACGGCCUGAUCUGGAAAUUGUUCUCUUCUGGGCUGUGAUCGUCUUGUACACCACGAUCAUCAUCACCAACUCAGCCAUCAUCCUGCUUUCCUGCGUGGACCCUUGUCUCCACACCCCCAUGUACUACUUCCUCAGCAAUAUCUCCUUCGUGGAUCUCUGUUUCACCACAACUGUUCUGCCCCAGAUGUUGUCCAACCUGUGGGGGCCAGACAAGAGCAUCACCUAUACAGGCUGUGUCAUCCAACUGUGUGUGUUGCUCUGUCUCAGUCCCACAGAAGAUGUCAUGUUGGUGGUGAUGGCCUUAGACCGUUAUGUCUCAAUCUGCCAGCCCCUGCGCUACACUGUCAUCAUGCAUCAACAGUUUUGUUGGAAGAUGGUGUUCAUGGCCUGGCUGUCAGGUCUGAUAUUAUCUGUGGUCCAAACUCCCAUCACAUUCCAGCUGCCUUUCUGUACCCACCACCUGGAUAAUUUUCUUUGUGAUGUUCCUGCAUUCAUAUACCUGGCAUGUGGAGACACCUCUGCUAAUGAGUGCCAGAUGACCAUCUCUGCUGUUCUCUUCACCAUCGUGCCACUGGGGUUGAUUCUGACUUCUUAUGUCUGCAUAGCUCAAGCCCUGGGGAAAAUCCAGUCUUAG